UCCUGCAGACAUGGCGAACGUUCCUAAGACCCGCCGGACAUUCUGCAAGAAAUGUGGGAAGCACCAACCCCACAAGGUGACGCAGCACAAGAAGGGCAAGGAUUCUUUGUAUGCCCAGGGAAAGCACCGUUAUGACAGGAAACAGAGUGGCUACGGUGGGCAGACUAAGCCCAUUUUCCACAAAAAGGCUAAAACUACAAAGAAGAUUGUGCUGACAAUGGAGUGCGUUGAGCCCAGCUGCAGAUCUAAGAGGAUGCUGGCUAUUAAGAGAUGUAAGCAUUUUGAACUGGGAGGUGACAAGAAGAGAAAGGGCCAAGUGAUCCAGUUCUAAGCUGAUUUUGUUAUUAAGACAAUAAAAUCUUGACCUUUC